CAAAUAUCACACCUUUCUUGCACCAAAAAGCACCAUCAAAACACACACACACACACACUACACUACACUUUACGUGUAUUUAGCAUGGACUGGAAUGAUAGUAUGAAUCCCAGACCGUUUAUUCCUCGACCUGCAGCGCAAAGUUCGUUUGCCUUUCUCUACAACUAUAACAAUGAUCACUACGUAUACCCACCUGGAAUAGAGGAGAUGAGGCAUCAAAUGAUGCAGGCACCAUUGGCAAUGAUGGAAAUGAGCCAAAACGAGUACGAAAACAGCAAUCAAGACAAGAAGAAAAGGUUAACAAGUGAACAGUUAGAGGCACUGGAAAACACUUUCCAAGAGGAGAAGAAACUUGACCCUGAUACAAAGAUGAAGCUAGCCCAUGACCUCGGUUUGCAGCCCAGACAGAUAGCUGUGUGGUUCCAGAACCGACGUGCUCGAUGGAAGACUAAGCAACUCGAGUGCUUGUAUGAUACCCUUAAACAAGAGUUUGAUGCUGUCUCUAGGGAGAAACAAAAGCUUCAAGAAGAGGUGUUAGCACUGAGAACAAUACUAAAAGAACAAGUUAGCAAGAGACAAGGGGCGGGCUCUAGCACCGGGUACACUUACAUGUCUGGUGAAGAGACUGUUGAGAGCACAUCCGCAGCCACCAACCACCACCAUCAUCAGCUGAUACUCGGUCAACAUCAGCCUGUUGCCGCCACCACAGCUGCCAUGGUCACCGUUGACAGCAACGAUAUGAUGAACUAUGAUCCGGGCUCUUCAGUGCCUACUCCAUCUUACUCUAACUGGCCAGUUCUUCCGUCGUAUCCAUAAACUCGUAGAACUAGUAGCUAGCUAUCUAUUUGCUUACAUGACUUAGAUCAUAGAUCAUUCAGGUAACUUUUUUUUAGUAUUGUUAGCGAGUAAAAUUUAAGAAAACAUGAUCUAGAUCAGAGUUGUUGUCGCUCUAAAUUUUCGCAAAUACAUUUUUGGCGUUUCUUGUUUGUAAUUUGCGUGGUGAGUGUAGCAGGGGCGGAUCCAAGUAAUAAACACUGAUGUAAUGUGAUAGUAGUAAGAACUUUAUGUGUUAUUUACAUAUUAUACACAAGUGGUGUAUCUUUUAGAGGAAACUGAUAAGUCCAUUACCAUAACAUGCAUCAACCCUUUUCAAGCACAUAAAAGAUUCUAUUCGGUUUCUUGACGAUGGCUAAAGAGCCGAACUUGGAACCCUAAACUCUAACCAUUAAACC